UCACCUUCGGGCUUUCGGCUCCUCUUCCGUCGCCAAAUCCGUUGCCGGUUUGCGCUUUUGAUGCAACACUAGAGGGGGUCGUAGGACAAAGUUCACAAGACCAUCGUCGGCGUCGUGGAUGCUCCGCAUCCUGGAAAGUACCAUCCAGUACAGUUGGCCCUUUUGCAACAAAAACAGCAUAAACCGUAUCGGAACCAACUAGUCUUCUCCUUUUGUUAGUUUUAGUUCGUUUCAAUUCUAUUUUAAACUUUACUAGUGUUAUGUGAUUUCUGUGUUCCCGAAAAACAUCCUCCAGAGUGAAAUAGCAGAAUACUUUAAUCAUUGGUAUCCAGCGAUAACUUUUAUGAAUUAGGAUGGCUGCGACGGAGAAUUCGACGAGUUUGGGUGAUGGAGAGGCUCAGAAGGGUGCGCCGCCUCCGACGAGAAGCUUGAACUUCUCCAUAGCGAAGAUCAUGGAACCAGACAACAAGUUUCCAAAAAAGAGUCCGGAUUCGUCGUUGACAGUGCCAAAGGUACCGACGAUGCCAUAUACUUCCCACCUGGAAUCAGCGUUCAAGAAGUACGUGCCAUCAGUGCUGAGAUCACAGGAUCUGCUCCACCAAUACCCUCUGGUCUACUAUCCCAGUCAGUUGAUGUGCGUAGCAACGACCUCGGUUUCGGUAUACAGUGUUUCUCCAGAGAAUGGUGCAGCAGGAGGUAGUCCCUCGGGACUGCCGGCGGUGAAUCCGACAGCACCGUCGUUGCCGGAACAUUACAAUAAGGGCUGCCAUAUGAAGCGCACAAUGGGACCGGUUGGUUCGGGGGCGGUGGCGUCCGCGCCGACUGGAACAGGGGCGGUCGCCGGCUUGGGGCUGGUUUCGGGAUUGGGAUCGGCGGUGGGCACGGGGACGGGCAGCUCAUCCGGGAUCGAUGGGGGGAAGAGUGCCCUGAGCACGGCCACCAACUCCGCCAAGCAGAAGAGCUUCGAGUGCGGCGAAUGCGGCAAGGUGUUCAACGCACACUACAAUCUGACGCGCCACAUGCCCGUGCACACGGGCGCGCGACCCUUCGUCUGCAAGAUCUGCGGAAAGGGAUUCCGACAGGCGUCUACCCUUUGCCGCCACAAGAUCAUACACACAUCGGAAAAACCGCACAAAUGCCAUACAUGCGGGAAAGCCUUCAACAGAUCCUCAACGCUGAACACACACGCCCGCAUCCACGCCGGCUACAAGCCUUUUGUCUGCGAGUACUGCGGUAAAGGAUUCCACCAGAAAGGCAACUACAAAAACCACAAGCUCACGCACAGCGGCGAAAAGGCAUACAAGUGUACUGUCUGCUCGAAGGCUUUCCACCAAGUCUACAACCUCACCUUCCACAUGCACACCCACAACGACAAGAAGCCCUUCACCUGCCAGGUGUGCGGUAAGGGCUUCUGCCGGAACUUCGAUCUCAAAAAGCACAUGCGGAAGCUGCACGAAACCGGCGGCGCCGGUGACCAGGAGUUCAUGAAUAGCCCUCCAGCUCCCAGCGGCUAUCCACGAGAUCGCGACCUCCACCACUUUAUCAGCCCUUUCCUUCUGCCGCCAUCCACAUCCAGACCACCGGUUCCGGUCUACACCGGUAAACUCUUAUGACCAAUU